GUGGCGGAGGCUGUAUCUACCUCCGCGCGCGCUCAGUUUUCUAGGACGUGUCUCGUUGCCCCGGCCGGGGGCGGCUCCCUGCUGCCUCCGAGCCGAGCUGCCCGCUGCUGGGCCUUCGGCGAUUGCAGACACAGACCACACCGCCCUCCAGAAACCAUGGGCGUCUCUAGACCCAGCUGCGACUCUGCCAGACUCUGGUGCUCGGUUUAAGAUAAGGAUAAUCUCCCAGGCCUGCUCUCCCUGCCUGUCAUGGCCACACUCCGAUGCUGCCCACUUGUCUGGGGACACAGGGCACCCAGCCCUAGCCCUGAGAUGUUAAGCCAGGCCUUCUGGCUCCAGUCUACAGGGGCACUGCAGGCCCCGGGCUCCCUUCAGAGCAAGAGCAACUGAUGCCAUGGGAGAAGCCCCUGCCUACCCAUCCACUUGCCUGGCCCUGCCUGCUCUGAUACCCAUGCAUUGGGUCCUCCUGCAGGUGCCAAUCCUGUGAGUCCCUCCCCAACCCCCUGACACUGAGAAGGCCCUGCCCACCCCCACCAUGUGUGAGGUGAUGCCCACAAUCAAUGAGGGGGACCCCCUAGGGCCCCCCCACGGCGCCGAUGCUGACGCCAACUUUGAGCAGCUUAUGGUGAACAUGCUGGAUGAGCGGGAGAAGUUGCUGGAGUCCCUUCGGGAGAGUCAGGAAACCUUGGCAGCCACGCAGAGCCGGCUCCAGGAUGCCCUGCAUGAGCGGGACCAGCUCCAGCGACACCUCAACUCUGCCCUCCCUCAGGAAUUUGCCACCUUGACCCGGGAGCUGAGCAUGUGUCGGGAGCAGCUUCUAGAGAGGGAGGAAGAGAUAUCAGAGCUGAAAGCAGAACGGAAUAACACAAGGCUGCUUUUAGAACAUCUGGAGUGCCUGGUAUCCCGCCAUGAGCGGUCACUGCGGAUGACGGUGGUGAAGCGCCAGGCCCAGUCACCUUCAGGGGUCUCCAGUGAGGUGGAGGUGCUAAAGGCCCUCAAGUCUCUGUUUGAGCACCACAAAGCCCUGGAUGAGAAGGUUCGAGAAAGGCUCCGGGCAGCACUGGAGCGUGUUACCACCUUGGAGGAGCAGCUGGCAGGAGCCCACCAACAGGUGUCUGCCCUGCAGCAGGGGGCAGUGGUGCGGGAUGGAGUGGCAGAAGAGGAGGGGACUGUGGAGCUGGGACCGAAACGUCUGUGGAAGGAUGACACGGGCCGGGUGGAGGAGCUGCAGGAGCUCCUGGAGAAGCAAAACUUUGAGUUGAGCCAGGCCCGGGAGCGACUGGUCACCUUGACAGCAACCGUAACAGAACUUGAGGAGGACCUGGGAACAGCCCGCCGGGACCUCAUCAAGUCAGAGGAGCUGAGCAGCAAGCAUCAACGGGACCUCCGAGAGGCUCUGGCUCAGAAAGAGGACAUGGAAGAACGAAUCACCACACUGGAGAAGCGCUACCUAGCUGCUCAGCGUGAGGCCACAUCCAUCCAUGACCUCAAUGACAAACUGGAGAAUGAACUGGCCAACAAGGAGUCCCUGCACCGCCAGUGUGAGGAGAAGGCCCGACACCUACAGGAGCUGUUGGAGGUGGCAGAGCAGAAACUGCAGCAGACAAUGCGCAAGGCAGAGACGCUGCCAGAAGUGGAGGCUGAGCUGGCCCAGAGAAUCGCAGCUCUCACCAAGGCUGAAGAACGGCAUGGCAACAUUGAGGAGCACCUGCGGCAGCUGGAAGGGCAGCUGGAGGAGAAGAACCAGGAGUUGGCAAGGGUGCGACAGCGGGAGAAGAUGAACGAGGACCACAACAAGCGGCUGUCAGACACCGUGGACAGGCUGCUUAGCGAGUCCAACGAGCGCCUGCAGCUCCAUCUCAAGGAGCGCAUGGCCGCCCUGGAGGAGAAGAACACGCUGAUCCAGGAGUUGGAGAGCUCCCAGCGUCAGAUUGAGGAGCAGCAUCACCACAAGGGCCGCCUGUCUGAAGAGAUUGAGAAGCUUCGCCAAGAGGUGGACCAGCUGAAGGGUCGAGGGGGGCCAUUUGUGGAUGGCAUCCACUCCAGGUCACACAUGGGCAGCGCAGCKGACGUGCGGUUCUCCCUGAGUACAACCACCCACGCACCCCCAGGUCUGCAUCGCCGCUACUCAGCACUGAGGGAAGAUUCGGCUAAGGACUGGGAGCCAUCUCCACUGCCUGGAUUGUUGGCCUCCACAGCCACUCCUGCUUUUGACAGUGACCCUGAGAUCUCUGAUGUGGAUGAAGAUGAGCCAGGGGGUUUAGUGGGCUCCGUUGAUGUUGUCUCCCCUGGCGGCCAUUCAGAUGCCCAGACCCUGGCCAUGAUGCUGCAGGAGCAGCUGGAUGCCAUCAACGAGGAGAUCAGGAUGAUCCAGGAAGAGAAGGAGUCCACGGAGCUCCGUGCGGAGGAGAUCGAGACGCGUGUGACCAGCGGCAGUAUGGAGGCCUUAAACUUGACACAGCUGCGCAAGCGUGGUUCUAUCCCCACCUCUCUGACUGCCUUGUCCCUGGCCAGUGCAUCCCCUCCACUCAGUGGCCGUUCCACGCCGAAGCUCACCUCCCGCAGUGCUGCCCAGGACCUGGACCGGAUGGGGGUCAUGACCCUGCCUAGUGACUUAAGAAAGCAUCGGAGGAAGUUGCUGUCGCCAGUGUCUCGGGAAGAGAACCGAGAGGAUAAAGCCACCAUAAAAUGUGAGACUUCUCCUCCUUCCUCACCCAGGACGCUGCGGCUAGAGAAGCUUGGCCACCCAGCCCUGAGCCAGGAAGAAGGCAAGAGUGCCUUGGAGGAUCAGGGCAGCAACCCCAGCAGCAGCAACAGCAGCCAGGACUCCUUGCACAAGGGUGCCAAGCGCAAGGGCAUCAAGUCGUCCAUUGGCCGCCUGUUUGGGAAGAAGGAGAAGGGCAGGCUGAUCCAGCUGAGUCGGGAUGGAGCCACAGGCCAUGUUCUGCUAACAGACUCCGAGCUCAGUCUGCAGGAACCCAUGGUACCUGCCAAGCUGGGGACCCAGGCAGAGAAGGACCGGCGACUGAAGAAGAAACACCAGCUGCUUGAGGAUGCCCGCAGGAAAGGAAUGCCCUUUGCCCAGUGGGACGGCCCCACUGUGGUCUCUUGGCUGGAGCUAUGGGUGGGGAUGCCUGCCUGGUAUGUGGCAGCCUGCCGGGCCAACGUCAAGAGUGGUGCCAUCAUGUCUGCCCUGUCGGACACAGAAAUUCAGCGGGAGAUCGGCAUCAGCAAUGCCCUGCACCGGCUCAAGCUCCGGCUAGCCAUCCAGGAGAUGGUAUCGCUGACCAGCCCCUCGGCCCCGCCCACCUCCAGGACACACAAGAAUGCAGACUACUCCACGGACCCCAAGUCUUCUGGGAAUGUCUGGGUCACCCAUGAGGAGAUGGAAACUCUGGCAACAUCCACCAAAACAGACAGUGAGGAGGGCAGCUGGGCUCAGACCCUGGCUUAUGGAGACAUGAACCAUGAAUGGAUUGGGAACGAAUGGCUGCCCAGCCUGGGGCUCCCCCAGUACCGCAGCUACUUCAUGGAGUGCCUGGUGGAUGCACGCAUGCUGGACCACCUCACCAAGAAGGACCUGCGCGUCCACCUGAAGAUGGUGGACAGCUUCCAUCGGACCAGCCUUCAGUAUGGCAUCAUGUGUCUGAAGAGGCUGAAUUACGACCGGAAGGAGCUGGAGAAGAGGCGGGAAGAGAGCCAGCACGAGAUCAAGGAUGUGCUGGUUUGGACCAAUGACCAGGUGGUUCAUUGGGUACAGUCCAUUGGGCUUCGGGACUAUGCAGGAAACCUGCAAGAGAGUGGUGUCCAUGGUGCCCUGCUGGCUCUGGAUGAGAACUUUGACCACAACACACUGGCCUUGGUCCUCCAGAUCCCCACGCAGAACACCCAGGCCCGCCAGGUGAUGGAGAGAGAGUUCAAUAACCUCUUGGCCUUGGGCACAGACCGGAAGCUGGAUGAUGGGGAGGACAAGGUGUUCCGCCGCGCGCCCUCCUGGAGGAAACGCUUCCGGCCGCGGGACCACCACAGCGGCGGCAUGCUGGGCACCUCGGCAGAGACGCUCCCGGCAGGCUUCCGCGUGUCCUCCCUGGGGACCCUGCAGCCCCCUCCCGGCCCUCCCAAGAAAGUCAUGCCUGAAGCUCAUUCCCACUAUCUCUACGGACACAUGCUCUCCGCCUUCCGGGACUAGCCACGGCCUGGGCCGGCGUCCUUCUGGUUUCACAGGCUCAGCCGGCCCUGACCCCUCCUGCUCGUUCCCCUUCUUCCACGGCUCCUAGUCUCGUCCGUCCGUGACCUUCCGGUUACCCUGGAUCUCAGAAUAUAUUCAUCUAUCCCCUCGACAUCCCACUACUCCUGAAUCCCACUGCGUGUCCUUUGUAAGUCUCGUGGUUGUGGCUGGGGUCUCCCGUGUUGUGGAGGCACUCGGGUUGUCCAUGCCUGGGAUUCUGGGGGAAGAGAGAAGGGCAGCCGGCAGUGGCUGUGACCUCACCCUCCCUCUGGACCUGGCCUUGUUUGGACUGCGCCCUCCACCAGGAGGAUCCUGGGUCAAGGACUGAGAUGGCCCUUUCAAAAAAGGUGGCACUUCACACUGUCCUGUUUGGGUUAUUUGGUCUUUUGGUCCCUGUCCACUCUGGUUGUGCCAGAUUGUCUGAGGGUUGGUUUUGGCACCCUCAGCUCCACCCUCCCCCAGUCCAUCACCACCACUUGCAGCUUCUGCCUUGAGGACUUGCUGAGGCCAGGAGAGGAUCUAGGAAACCUGAGGUAGAAAUUCUGAGUCCCCACUCAAACUGAAUCCCAAACAUGAGUUUGGGAAGAAUCAGAGCAAAAUGGACCACAGUUUUGGGCUAAGGUGAGGGUGGGGAAACUCUUAGCCCCAUGCCCAGUAAGCCGGGUGGGCAGGCAAGCUAGUAGGAGAGCUGAUGACCUCUGGUAGCCUUAAGCUCAAAGGACAGUAGGAAUGAUACCAGCCCCACCCAAAGGGUGGAGCUUCAUCUGGGCUGGGAGGAGGGACCCUUGAGUGCAUCAUAACCCUGGGGCAGAACAGAUCCCACUAGGUUCUGCCCACUGUGACCCCAGCAUCUCUUCCCCAUCCUCCUCUGCCUUACUUAUUCAGUAAUCCCAGCCCCCUAAAAAUGAACCCGAUGAGUGGAUUGAAUAUACAUUGACCCUAAAAG